CUGGCAGCACCCGCGGAGCAGCGCAGGGAGCUGGGGAUGCGCUCUGCGCCUCCGGGGCGCCGGGCAGUUGCGGUUUGCUUGGGUCAGCGCUCCUGAAGGUUGUGACCUUCACUUUGGGCCCCUGGAGAGAGUGCUGCCAUGAAAUACGCCGACUGAGGAAAGAGUUUGUUUUAGGAGGAAGGUGAAAAGGAAAGUGGCUUCCAAACUGAGCAAAUUGCCUCGUGGCCUUCAGUGUCUGUGAAUAAACCUAUUAACAGCUUCAAGGUGUUGAGCCUGUACUCCACUUAUCCAGACUAAGAGACUUCACAUUUGGUCUAAAAAUGUUCAACUCUACAGACAUGGUCUUUUCACUGGAUAGUUUAUUUUAUGAAAAACCUGAUAUGAGACAAAGGUGUUUGGAAAAUGAACAACAUAAGACUUGGUUUAUUGCACCUGCUCCAGCUAUUGCUGAAAUUCCAGCUGCAGAGGAGUUACAGAGGGAACUGGAAAAAAGCUCAGCCAUCACUCCUAUGGGAGGGAGAAAGCAUGAGAAGUUUAUACAACAAUGUAAGAGUAACACAGAGGAAGGAGAAGAUAAAUCAUCAUUACCUGUUCAUUUUGGCAUAGCCCCUGAAAAAGAAGUCCUACAAUUAAGUCUAGGAGAAAGAGAUAAAAUUGGUUUUCAGCGUGAAAAUCUGAAAGUGGUUUCAUCUUUUCUCUCUUUUGAUGAAAAUAAAUCUAAACAAGUAAUAGAUUUUUCUCAGCAACUGCAAAAUAAAGCAUUAAGUGAAAGCAGCGAUGAUGAGAGUGUCCAUUCAACAUUAAGAAAAAGCUUAUUUAAAAAGUCUGGCAAUAUUCAUAAAAAUACAGAAUUUAAAGCUGGUUCUGUUGAUGUGAAAGAAAUUGGUACUUACUUAAAUACAAGUGACAACAUGAAAGGACAUCAUGCUUCAAUAACUAAAGACUCAGAUUUUACUUUGCAUAGGGUAAAUAAUGAGGAGAUUGUGUCUGAAAAUGGAAUUAAAAUUCAAUCAUUUUCUAAUGCUUCAGAGAUUCUGGAUAUGACAGGAACUACAGGAAGAAAAUUGGAAAUUUUGAGGCCUGUUACAGAAAUACCAACCCAAUUUAGAAGUAUUUUUAAGGAGUUCCCAUAUUUUAACUAUGCCCAGUCAAAAGCUUUGGAUGAUCUUUUAUACACAGACAGGAACUUUGUGAUUUGUGCUCCGACUGGCUCUGGAAAGACUGUAAUGUUCGAGCUAGCUAUUACCAGAUUACUCAUGGAAGCCCCACUGCCUUGGUUAAAUAUUAAAGUUGUUUACAUGGCUCCAAUAAAAGCUCUAUGCAGUCAGCGUUUUGACGAUUGGAAAGAAAAAUUUGGACCUAUAGGACUCACCUGCAAGGAACUGACAGGAGAUACAUUGAUGGAUGAUUUAUUUGAAAUACAUCAUGCUGACAUUAUUAUCACUACACCUGAAAAGUGGGAUAGCAUGACUAGAAGGUGGAGAGACAACUCUAUAGUCCAGCUUGUACGACUGUUUCUCAUUGAUGAGGUACACGUUAUAAAGGAUGAAAGCCGCGGCGCAACUUUGGAAGUUGUAGUCAGUCGGAUGAAAACUAUUCAGUCUUCUCUUUGGCGUCUCUUAGAGAAGCAUGACACUGUUCCUCCCUUGAGAUUUGUAGCUGUUUCUGCAACAAUCCCAAAUACUCAAGAUAUUGCAGAAUGGCUUUCAGAUAGCGAGAUGCCUGCUGUAUGCCUGAAAAUAGAUGAGGAUCAACGGCCAGUGAAGCUACGCAAAAUUGUUCUUGGUUUUCCUUGCAGUGACAAUCAGACAGAAUUCAAAUUUGACUUAACUCUUAACUACAAGAUAGCUAGCAUUAUACAAACAUACUCGGAGCAAAAACCAGCACUUGUGUUUUGUGCCACAAGAAAAGGAGUACAACAGGCUGCUUCUGUUCUUGCAAAAGAUGCUAAAUUUCUACUGAGUAUAGAACAGAAACAAAGAUUACAGGGGUUUGCAAAUUCCUUGAAAGACUCCAAACUGAGAGAUCUUUUGACGUAUGGUGUGGCUUAUCAUCAUGCGGGUAUGGAGAUAUCGGACAGAAAAAUAAUUGAAGGAGCUUUUACUGUAGGAGACUUGCCAGUACUUUUUACUACUAGCACCUUAGCUAUGGGAGUCAAUCUACCUGCACACCUGGUGGUUAUAAAAUCCACAAUGCAUUAUGUUGGAGGAGUGUUUCAAGAGUACAGUGAAACUGAUAUUCUGCAAAUGAUUGGGAGAGCUGGAAGACCUCAGUUUGACACUACAGCUACAGCAGUUAUUAUGACUCGUUGCAGUACCAGGGAGAGAUAUAUACAGAUGUUAAAUGGUGCUGAUAUAAUAGAAAGCAGCUUACACAAGCACCUUGUUGAACACUUAAAUGCAGAAAUAGUGCUACAUACUGUCACGGAUGUCAGUGUAGCUUUGGAAUGGAUACGAUCAACAUUCUUGUACAUUAGAGCCUUAAAAAAUCCAAGUCAUUAUGGUUUUUCAUCUGGAUUAGAUAAAGUUGGAAUUGAAGCGAAAUUACAAGAACUGUGUUUGAAGAACUUAAAUGAUUUAUCAUCUUUUGAUUUGAUCAGGAUGGAUGAAGCAAACAAUUUCAAACCAACAGAGACUGGAAGAUUAAUGGCAUGGUAUUACAUUGCAUUUGAUACAGUGAAGCAGUUUUUCACAAUUAAGGGAACUGAGACACUAAAUGAAUUGAUUAGCAUGAUCUCCAACUGCACAGAAUUUGUUGAUGUGAAGUUAAGAAUAAAUGAAAAGAAAAUAUUGAACACUUUGAAUAAAGACAAAGACAAAGUAACUAUCAGGUUUCCAAUGGAGGGGAGGAUAAAAACAAGAGAAAUGAAAGUAAACUGUCUCAUUCAGGCUCAGCUGGGCUGUAUUCCUAUUCAAGACUUUACUUUGACACAAGAUACUGGCAGAAUAUUUAGAAAUGGCUUGAGAGUUACUAGAUGGUUAUCUGACUUUCUGGCAUCAUCUAAGAACAACUUCUCUGCUUUAUUAAACUCCUUGAUUUUAGCAAAAUGUUUCAGGUGCAGACUUUGGGAAAAUUCACUUCAUGUGUCUAAACAACUGGAAAAAAUUGGUGUAUCACUGUCAAAUGCUAUGGUAAAUGCUGGCCUGACGUCAUUUAAAAAAAUUGAAGACAUAAAUGCAAGGGAGCUUGAAUUGAUUUUAAACAGACAUCCUCCUUUUGGAAACCAGAUAAAAGAGUCUGUUUUGCACCUUCCAAAAUAUGAACUUGAAAUUGAACAGCUUCCAAAAUACAGUGACACAUUGGCCGAAAUCUUAGUAACCGUCAAAUUAACAAACUAUGAGCAGCUGCAGACAAAGAGAACAGCGCCAGACUUUCACUAUGUGACGUUGGUCAUAGGAGAUGCUGACAACCAAGUCAUUUUUAAUCAGAAAAUUAUGGAUUCUGUGCUGCUGAAAACUGGAAAUUGGAUGAAGAAAAUUGAAGUUAAAAGAGCUCUUAAAUCAGAAGACAUAAGUAUAAAUUUAAUUAGUUCUGAUUAUGUUGGCCUUGAUAUAAAUCAAACAUAUACAGUCUUCUACUUAACACGAAAAACAGAGGGAUGUAAGGUGGUCACAAAUCAAAAAUUGAAAGCUGAAUCUACACUUGGUGUAUGUUACGGCUCACCCCAAAGCCUGCCAGCAGCAGAAGUAGAUACAGGAGGCAGAUCUAAACAGGAGAUUGCCUACAAGAAAUACGGAAACAGAGAAUGCAACCACCGCUGUAAAAAUAAAGAUGUGUGUGGGCAUGACUGCUGUAAAACUGGAGUACCUCCAAAGUCACAGAUGACUGGAGACACAGAGUUUUCUUUAUACCUAGCUGAUUUAAGGAGCAGGAACUCAGUUUCAUCUAUACCGCCAGUAAAACGGCUAAAGGUGCAGAUGUUAAAUCGAGCUGAAAACGUGGAUCUCAAACAAUUUGUUUUUACACCUAAGUCUUUAUUGCCAGCCUUGCCAAGGUCCAGCAAUAAACUGUCAUCUUCAUCACCUUCAGUGGACCAGAUAGAUAAUAUUAAUACCUUAGAAAUGUCUCAGAAACAACUGCAAUCUUGGAAUUGUGGAAAGAGUAAUGCUUUGAAUGUGGACUUUGAACUGAGAGAUGAUAUUUGGGAUGAUAUUGAUGAUGAGAAAUUGGUAUUUGCUAGUAAUUUUGUCAGUAGAGAAUUAGAACAUGGAAAUACCUGCCUUCAAAUUCCAGAUGAAUGUCAACCCGUCUGCCAGUAUACAGCAAGCAAACCCACAGAUAACCGAUCAAAAGAUUCAUGCACAGUACAAGAUGAGACCAAUAUUCAGAACUCAGAUGCUUCUAUGGUUAAUAGCACAUCAAAAGUGAAUUUACCUGUACAGAAUAGAAAUAUAGCUUCGUUCAGUUUUCAAGAAAAAAAGCAUUCAAGUCUUUUUCAAGAGCAAAAAAAUGUACAGUGUUCUUCCAUCCCAGAAAUAAUCUCUGACUCUUCCAAAUUCACUAGAAAAGAAGAUUUUUUUAUUUUCACAAAAGAACAGGAAAAAGAAGUCGAUAAAAACAGAUAUCUUCUUGAUGAUGAAUCCAAUGAUGUCAAGCCCUUUCUUGGAAUAUUUGAUGAUAUUUUGUAAAACAUGUAAACAAAAUACGUUUUAAGUGCUGGGGAAAGAGUUUACAGCCAGUUUUACAGUGAAGGCUUCAGUCAAGAGAAUUUAAUUUCUGUUGUAUACCUAUUUAUCAAUAGCUGGAUUGCUGCACAGAGUAAAUAAUAAUAAAACUGAUGUCUAAUUUACAGAAUUUAUAGAAUAUAAGAAAUAGUAUCUUGUUUUGAGAAGUACUUAAGUAUUUGGUUGUUUGACCUUACUGUUUUCAGGAUUAUAAAGAAAAAUAUUGAAAUAUGCCAUAGGAGAAUAGUUCACAAAUUGAGGAUACUUUUAUAGGUAACAGAAAAUCCCAUUAGGGAAAGUAAGGGAUUUGUAGUAACAUAUCCUGCUUCUUAAAUAGUCUUUAAAUGAAUGAAAGACUUUCCUUAGAAGUUUCAUAAUGUUUUUUGGCCUUUCUUUCAGUUUCUCUAAAGGUGAAUUUUUUGUAGUGCUGAUUUUGUAAAAUAAUUAGAUUUAUAAAUAGGAGUAAGAGAAUGCUAAAUUAUUCUGGAUUCUAGAUAUUUCCUUUGACGGUGCUAUGAACGCGUUAAUAAAAAAGUGCAACUUAAGCAUAUAUGUUUCCAAAUUCUCAGCAAAUCAGUUGUUAAAUGUCUGUAAAAAUACUCUGAAACUCUGUUGCCUGUUCGCUUUCAUACCCAAGGUCAUAAAAUGAGCAUUCAUGUGUCCCAAUACAGAUUGAGGCACCAGGCCUUGGAUUUGGAUUGUAGUUUUAGUGUUUGAUUAGUAGACCUUGUAAGUUCAACAGUUAGUGGAAUAUAUGUUGCCUAAAAUCCAAGAGAAUGUUAUUUUUUACUGUUAAUUAUUCAAAAAGUGAGGAAUUAAAAUGUUACAGUAAUUAGCUGUCUGUUCUUUCAACACUGUUUGUGGUGCAACGAAAUGCAGCCAUGUUUUG